AUGCUUGAUGGGUCAAGCCCCCAGGCUGGCAAGAUCUGGAAGAAGGCAUUCCUAACCUUCUCCCUUGAUGGCAAGAAAAUGACCAAGACUUUCCUUAUAUGUAACACAGGGUCUCACGCCGCCAUCCUGGGAUUGAAGUGGUUGGGCGCCCACAACCCGGAAAUUGAUUGGAAUAUGCGCACUCUCACCUUCCCCCACGCACCACCUGAGCAUGUAGCCAUUGCCAAGGAAGAGGAAGCCGACCAAGAACCCCUUGAAGGAGUACCCUCCAAAUACCACCAAUAUGCAAAGGUAUUUGGAGAGGAAGAAUUCAACAAGCUCCCCCCUCACCGGCACUACAAUAUUGGCAUUGAGCUUACGGAAGAAGGCCCCUUGAACUCACCCUUAUACAGUAUGACCAAUGCCGAGUCUACCACACUCAAAGACUGGCUCAGGGACAAGCUCAAGGCUGGGAAGAUCCAACCCAGCAAAUUGUCAAUUAGCUCUCCCGUAAUGUUUGUCCCCAAAAAGGAUGGUUCCUGCCGUUUGGUUGUUGACUAUUGUUGUUUGAAUAACCGGACCAAGAAAAACGUCUACCCAUUACCCUGUCCAGAUGACCUCAUGGCCCAGCUCCGCAGUGCCAAGGUGUUCACUAAGCUAGACCUAAGGUGGGGUUACAACAACGUCUGUGUUAAGGAAGGGGACAAAUGGAAAACUGCCUUCCGCACCAAGUAUGGUCUGUACAAGUCCCUGGUCAUGACAUUCGGCCUGACAAACGCCCCUGCCGCCUUCCAGCACUUCAUGAACAAACUGUUCAAGGACUUACUGGAUGUAUGCGUCAUCAUCUACCUCGAUGAUAUCCUAAUCUACUCUAAGGAUGACGCAACUCACACAAAACACGUCCAUGAGGUUCUGAGGCGGCUAAUGGAGAAUCAACUUUUUUGCAAGGCAUCCAAGUGUACAUUCCAUGUCACCUCUGUGGAAUACCUGGGAAUCAUUGUUUUGGACAAGGGAUUUAGCCUGGAUAAGCUCAAGAUUCAGGCCGUGCAAGAAUGGCCAACCCCAACCAAAGUCAAGGAGGUUCAGUCCUUCCUGGGAUUUGCCAAUUUCCUACAACGGUUUGUGGCCAAUUUUAGUCACAUGGCGCGACCCCUACACAACCUAGUCAAAAAGGACACGCCCUGGAAAUGGGACGCAAGGGAGCAGGAAGCAUUCCAAGGACUAAAAGAUGCCAUCACAAACGCCCCUGUACUACACCACGCCAAUCCUACAAAGCCUUACUUCCUCAAAACAGACGCAUCCGGCGCGGCCCUGGGGUCCAUACUCAGUCAACGGCAAGAAGACGGACGCCUACACCCACUAGGAUUUCUGUCAGAAUCAUUUAAAGGUGCCAAACAGAACUACAACACCCAUGACAAGGAACUCCUGGCUAUCAUCCAAUCAUUUGAGUACUGGCGCAUCUUCUUAGAAGGAACCUUACACCCUAUUACUGUGUUUACGGACCACUGCAACCUGGAAUAUUGGAAGGAGUCCCGCACCUUCAACCAACGCCAUGCACAAUGGCAUUUACUCCUUGCUGGUUAUAAUUUCCAGAUAGUCUACCGCCCAGGGAAACAGUUGGGAAAACCGGAUGCCCUCUCCUGCCGCUUGGAUCAUGCCAAUGUCCCUCCUGCCAAUCAAACAAUGCUCCCAGAUCCUGUAUUCGCUAACAUAGCCCAAGUAAUCCCUGAAAAAGAGCUCCAGCGACAGAUCAAGGCUGCCCUGGAUCAAGACAAGUCUCUGGAGGAGAUAUUACAGUUCCUCCAGAACAAAUCCAAGGCACCACCCUCAAUCAAACAAGCCUUUAAGGACUAUGAGAUGGAGGCCGGAUUACUGUUCUACCAAGGGCAAAUUGUGGUACCUGAUGUAGGCACCCUGAGGAUGGAUUUGCUUUGCAUUUUCCACAACAGUCCAUUGGCUGGUCACCCAGGCAGGCAACAAACUCUGGAAUUGGUAUCACGUAACUACUACUGGCCGGGCAUCCGCGCAGAUACAUAUUGGCACGUAGACUCCUGUGAAACCUGCCAAAGGAUCAGAAAGCCCAAGUAUGCCUCCAUUCCCCCGCAACCGCUCAAGCUACCAUCCAGACCCUGGCAACAUGUCUCCUAUGACAUGAUUGUAGACCUGCCAAGGGACGGGAAUAACAACUCCAUACUGGUCAUAAUAGACAGUUUCACAAAAUACAGAAUCUUUGUCAAAUGUUCCAAGAAGCUCAAAGCACCCAAGCUAGCGGAACUGUUCCUGGAACACGUGUGGAAACGUCAUGGAAUGCCGGAAAAGACAAUAUCGGACAGGGGCAGAGUCUUCAACAACAAGUUCCUACAAGCGCUGUACAAACGAUUAGGCAUUGACCCACACUUUUCCUCAGCGUACCACCCACAAAGCAACGGACAAACAGAACAAGUGAACCCCUCUAUUGAACACUUCCUAAGGGCUUACUCCGGCAUCAAUCAACGGGACUGGACAAGGUGGCUCCCAAUGGCGGAAUUUGCAUACAACAACGCCGUACAUAGCAGUACUGGGAAAACCCCGUUCAAAGCCUUAUACGGAUGGGAGCCUUCCCUGACCCUGUCCAACGUACCAACGGAUGUCCCGGAAGCCAAUGAUCUAGCUCAGACAAUGGAAGCCCAGUGGAGAGAAGUGGAAGCUGCACUCCAGCAAUCCAAGACAAAAAUGACCGCCGGAGAGGAAGGAAGCCCAACCGUGUUUGAAGUAGGGGAAGAAGUAUGGCUCAACGCCAGAAACGUUAACCUGAAAACCUUGAGCCCCAAACUGACGGAACAACGUUUGGGACCAUUCAAAGUCUCCGAGAAAAUCUCCAACCAUGCUUACCAACUCAAACUCCCUUCGACUAUGCGCAUCCACAAUGUCUUCUACGUGGGACUAUUGUCAAAAGUCAAAAGAGAUGACAAACGCGCCUUUGAAAAACGUCCCCCUCCAGUCACCGUGGAUGGGGAAGAAGAAUACAAGGUUGAAGGGAUCACGGACAUGGAAGAAAGGAACGGGAAAUGGUUCUUUAGGGUAAAAUGGAAGGGCUAUGGAUCAGAGGAGAACACCUGGGAACCAAGGGAAAACCUCAAAAACGCCGAAAAAAUCCUAAAAAAUUUUGAGAAAGAAAUGAAAAAGAAGGCCCUUGGCGCUGCCAAGGCCCUUAGAGGGGGGCAGUGUCGACACUCCCCUAUUGAUCAAGGGGACAUGGGACCCUUCCUUCCGUCAGCCACCCCUGUCAAGCUUGGGGAAGUAUCCCUUGAGCGCGUCACACGCCUCCUCCUUGGCCUCCUUGGCCAAGUCAAACGCCUCAAACAGGAAAUUGGGGAAAUCAAAGAAGCAGGGAUUGAGACCUGCACCAACGUCAAAAACAUAUCCCAAACCAUCAAUGUUGUCAAGGAUGGGCUUAGAAGCCUCCAACUUAAGGGGCCCACAACACCCAAAGAUACCAAGCCCCCAAUUGUGGAAGCAACGCCACGCCCCCUACCAAAGACCAACCCUGCUGGAUCGUCUAUGCCCCCGCAAGGCCCAUCUCCCCCUCUAUCUCCGCGUCUCCAAUCCCCAAUCAGAGCCUCUGCCCCUCCACCUCCACCUCCAGUUGCCGCCUAUCCUGCCCCAGUCAAAGUAGACCACCCAGAUGCCUACACAGGCAAGAUUGGGAGUGAAGCCAAGCAAUGGCUCACAAGGAUGCUGGCUUGGACCCGGUUGAACGCCCAAAUGUUCCCCACGGAUCAGGAGGUUCUAUCCUUCCUCCUGAUGAAUAUGAAGGAUGCUGCCGGGGCCUGGGCCCAUCCUCACCUUGAUCAGCUUGGUUCUCACAAAGCAACAGACAAACGGAACAAGUAA